UCCGUUUUCCUGGUAUUUAAUCAUGGGUGUUCACGACUUGUGGUCCAUCGUUGAGCCGGUCCGUGAGUCGGUGCCGUUGUACAGUCUGAGCGGAAAGACUCUUGCAGUGGACCUGAGCUUAUGGGUCUGUGAGGCUCAGCAUGUCCAGGCCAUGAUGGGCAGAGUUACGAAGCCCCAUUUGAGGAAUUUAUUUUUCCGAGUGUCGUCGCUCACACUGAUGGGGGUGAAGCUCGUCUUUGUCAUGGAAGGAGAAGCUCCCAAACUCAAAUCAGAAACAAUGAGCAAAAGGACAGAAAUGAGAUUCGGAUUCAGAAAAGCCCAUGUCUCAAAGUUAGCCACAAGUACCAGCAGAGGGCGCUUUAAUGCUGUACUUCGAGAGUGUGCAGAGAUGUUGGACUACCUGGGUGUGCCUUGGGUGACAGCUGCUGGGGAAGCAGAGGCCAUGUGUGCUUACCUGGACGCAGCUGGGCUGGUUGACGGCUGCAUCACCAACGAUGGAGAUGCAUUCCUGUAUGGGGCUAGGACGGUCUACAGGAACUUCAAUAUGAACAGCAAGGACCCUCAGGUAGAUUGUUACCAAACCUCUCGAGUACAAACUGAGCUACACCUGUCAAGAGAGAAUCUUGUUGGAUUGGCUGUUCUCCUCGGCUGUGAUUACAUUCCUAAGGGUAUACCCGGUGUUGGUAGAGAGCAGGCCCUGAGGCUUAUACAGACACUGAGAGGACAAUCACUUCUGCAGAGGUUCAACCAGUGGAAGCAGGAGAGUUCAGACGUGCCCGAUGUAGUUGUAAAGAAGGUUUCUCACUGUAACAUAUGUCGACAUCCUGGCUCAGCCAAGGCACACGAGCGUGGUGGCUGUGUGCUCUGCGACAGUCAGCGAUUCUGCCAGCCUCAGGACUUCGAUUAUCAGUGUCCAUGUGAUUGGCACUGCUACGAACUGAGCCGCCAGGCCUCGUCUCUGGAGGCAAACGUCAGGAAGAAAACACUGGCAUGUCAGCAGUUCCCAUUCACAGAGAUUAUAAACGAGUUUCUAGUUUCCAAAGAUAAACCUGUGGCACAUUUCAAGAGGAGACAGCCAAAUAUGCUGCUGAUGCAGAAAUUUGCCUAUGAGAAGAUGGAGUGGCCAAAACACUACACCAGUGAGAAAGUUUUAGUCCUGAUGACAUACACUGAGCUGAUGAACAGAAAAUACAGACGAGUCGUGCCCUCUCAAAUCAAGCCUGUCCGAAUACUGAAACCAAGGGUGAGGAACGCUGUGGCUUGCUUUGAAGUCAUCUGGAGCACUCCAGAACAUUAUGUGUUUCCAGAGGACCGACCCACAGAGAACCAACAUGAGGUCAGGACGGUGGAGGAAGAGUCGCUCUUCCGUGUGGCUUUCCCGGAGCUAGUUGAACGCUACCUACAUAGCAAAGCUCUGUUUGAAGAGAACAAAACAAAACAGAAGAAAGCAAGAAGGAAAAAGGAGAAACCAUCUGAUAUUUCUGAUGGUGUCACGGAUCUCUUGGCCCAGAUGACACUUCAGAAGUCCUCAGUAAAAAGGACCACUCAGCCAGAAACUCUGCUUCUUUCCAGCUCAUACUCUGAAAAAACAGAAGUGAUCAUUUUGGACACUCCAGUGAAGCAACAUUUGAAAGAAAAAGAAGCCGACCAAGCCUGCAAACCUCUGCCUGGUGUUGAACCAGAAACCACUGGGUCACCUUGCGUCUCUGCCGUUAUUGACGCUUUACAUCUGAGCAAUAUCGACUGGGACGCUUUGUCUUUCACCUCCUCGCCUUCCUCACAGGCGUGCCAGGCUGCGGAGCCCGAGCGAACUAAGACCACGGACAGUGAUGAAACACAAGCUGGAAUCAAACAGCCAGAGCUCUGUUACACCGAGUGUCCUCUGAGAGACAGACUCCUCAUGAGGAAUGCAGACAAAUCUCUGGAAAACACGGCUGUGGUUUCAAAGCAUCGGAAUUAUUUGGUCAAUUUACAUGAAAAACAAAGUGGAGAACCUUCCGGUGAAGGUAGCAGUGGUGGCACUAUAUUACCUGGUAAUAAAAGGGAACCGCUCACAAACAAAACCCAAUGUGUAUUAAAAGAAAGCAUUAAAAGCUCAAAAGAGCAACAAAUUAUGUCGCUUGAAGCUCAAAGUAAGACAAAGAAGACAAAUGCUUUGUCUUCAUCCUUUGCUCCGCCACAGAGAGGCCAUUCUGACCCAGGACAAAGAAACAAAAAGAACAGCAGCGUGUCGCAUUCCUCCAAGAAGAGUGUGUGCACCAGCAUGUGCUCAUCCAGUGAAGACGAUGAUGUUGAAAACCAACAAUCUGGACCUCAACGGCGAGCUAAAUCAAAACAGGCCAACAAAACCAAGAACAGCUUAAAAUCAGACUUCCCUCUGAAACCUGCUUCCAGUCAGUUUAAAGCUGUUAUUCCUAAGACUUCACAACAACUUCUGGUUUUUGGACCAAACUCACAGAGCCGUGGGGAAAAGGUUGAACAUGAAACAAACAGUUGUCAGGACGUCCAAACAGCUAAAUUAAGUGAUGAUGAGAUUCUCCAGGCUCCAGCUUCACCUGUUAUCGUGUUAGAGGGUGAGGAUUUGGUGAUUUGUAGUGAUAGUCCCCUGCCACUGGCUGAGAGACUGAGAUUAAAAUUUCUGAAGUGAGGAGCACCCGUUUUUAUCUUUAAUUCACAUCCCAUUUGCUUCUAGUUGAUUCCUGUAGUUUCUUAGAUUUUUGAGAAAAAUGUAAAACUUUCUGCUUUAAGAAAAGCAAAAUCCUGGAGAUCAGGUUAGGUUUAGCAUAUUGUGACCAAGUUGGAGUUUUAUUUGUUGUCUAAAAAUAAAUUUACAAGGUUCCUUUGUAGUCUAGAAUAAAUCCAGCCAGAGCUUCAUUUGAACACUGAAACUAAACCAUGAACCUGCCCAAACUCCCCGUCUUUAACCAAACAUAAUUUAAAGGAAUAAAAAAUUAAAUCAUAA